GAUGGAAAUAGGAUAUCCAACAGAUGUGAAGCAUGUAACACAUAUUGGAUGGGAUGGACCUACAAAAAUUAAUCCUAUGAUUAAAAACUGGGACAAUUCAAAGGAAUCUGAUUUACCUUCUAUUUCUAUUCAACAAUUUGAACUUGCUUUGGCUGGUGGAUCCUCUAGAAUUUGUGAUAUUGGAAGGAAAUGGGGUUCGCGGUAACAAGUUUAAUUUUUGUCGUGGUCGGAGUUAUUGCAUCCUUCGGUGCCGGAAUCUGCUGCAAUAGAGGACCUUCCACUAAUUUGUUACACCUGACAUUGAUUAUCACUGCUACAGUGUGCUGUUGGAUGAUGUGGGCGAUCGUGUACCUUGCACAGUUGAAACCGCUCAUUGUACCAAUCUUAAGUGAAGGAGAGUGAGGAUGCUGAUGGAAGAUUGAUGAAAGCAUUUUGAGGCAUGUAGCAGCUGAAGAUACUGUUGUAUCAGAAUUUCUGUCUACUUAUAUAUAUUAUAUAGUAACAAAACAAUUUUGAAGUCAUUUUUUAGAUUCAUAGUAUAAUGUUUUCCAGUUCGAAAUCCUUUCUCUUAGCUUUGGACUAAUGCCAAUAAUAAAAGGUGAAUGAUGUAACUGGUAGCUCUUACUCUCUCUUUGUUUUGGAAAUAAGCCUUUCUUUUUUCCUUUUAUCA